AGACGUCGUAGCGUUUUCAUCGUUUGGGAACGCAUCGCACCUCUCUUUAAAGACUUAGGCAAAGCAACAUCUCUUACCAUGACGGAGGAGGCUCCUCAGGCCCCUGCCAAUCCGUUUGCGGCGCUUGGGAGCUCAGGAGCGGCAUUCGGAGGCGCUGGUACCGGAGCAUUCAGCUUCGGUGUGCCGACAGCGGCAUUCGGAGCUCCAGCUAAGCCAGCUGAAGCUGAGGACGGCGGGGAUGAGGGGGAUGAGGGCGGCGCUGAGGAGGAGUGCCAGGCAGAGUUCAAGCCAGUAGUGCAGCUGGAGGAGGUGGAGACAAAGUCGGGAGAGGAGGACGAGGACGCUCUCUUGGAGCUUAAAUGCAAGUUGUAUCGCUUUGACAACGACAACAACGAAUGGAAGGAGCGCGGCCUUGGGCUUAUUAAGCUCCUACAGCACAAGGCGAACAAGAAGGUCCGCCUUCUGAUGCGUCAGGAGAAGACGCUCAAGAUCCGCGCUAACCACAUUGUCAUGCCCGGCACGAAGCUGCAAGAGCACGCGGGCAAUGACAAGGCCUGGGUCUGGAGCGCGGUGGACUUCGCCGAUGAGUCGCAAAAGGUGGAGCUCUUCGCCGUGCGCUUUGGCAGCGUUGAGAAGGCGCAGGAGUUCAAGACCAAAUUUGAGGAGGCCAUGGACAUCAACGCUCCGCUGCUGAAGGAGCUGGCGGGAGGCGAGGAGGAGGGCGAGGCGGGCGCUGAGGGGGCGGAGGCGCAGCAGCCCAGCGAGGCCAAGGUGGCGGAGGAGUUGGCGGCGGAGGUGGCGGAGAAGGCGACCACCAAGGAUGAGUAAAGGGGAGGGCUUAGGCAGGCGACAUGGAUUAGCUGAGUGGCUGAGUUUUGCGCUGGAGCUUAGAUGGUGGGGAAAAGCGGAUGGGGGUGCUCAGGUUGAGAGUGAAUGAAGCGAGCAGGAGGAGGAGGAUAGUAGUGUUGUGUAGAAGUGUUUGUCGGCGUGUGUGUGGAUGUGGCGAUAGAACAGAGGUUGUUGGGUUCCGGGCGGAUGGCAGGCAUGCAGGUGACGUGCUCAGGGUUGGGGACCGAGCGAUGGGGCCCCUAAGGCUUCUACAGGGUCAGGAUAGGAUGCAGACUGCGCGCGGAUGGGGUUUGGAGAGGAUGGGGAAGGGGUAGCGGAACGAGACAUGUUUCAUCGUGCGCAUGAAAUGUCGUUGUAGGAAGCUUCAAGUAGGAAGCUGCGGAGCGGUGCUGUAGCACAGAGCAGGUUUUGUGGCAUUAAACGCUACGGGGCAACAGGCACACGCCCUCCUUUCACCCUGUGCUAAUUUACUUGGAUGAAAGGGUAUGUUCCCUCUUUGUCCCAAGGUAGCGCUUGUGUGGGGUGUUGCAGUAUGGCAGCAUGUGCUGUUUGGCUCAGGGCGUAUGCCCUGGGUAGUCCCCGGGUAUGCGGGCCUUCGGUCUUUUGAGGGUGAAAAGGUUUGCGGACGGCUCCCUCAUGAGUCCUUACGCCUCACCUGCACGCGUGUAACAGGAGUGUAGGGAGAGCCAUGAAUGUAUCGGAAGUCCAUGCAGCUGCGUGCACCGAAGGGCAGGAGGAGGGCCCUGUAGGGCUUGUGACCUGGAUAAGACGUGGCUGGUACGCGUACCCGCGCAGGGUUAAGGGGGACACACAUCCUCAAGUGUCGCAAAUCCGGUUUUAAUCCAGCCUGG